GUGCAACGGGCCGGCCUGGAGGCUUUGUGCAACAUGACCAUGGCCGAGGAGGUGGCCGAGCGUUUCGCGCUUGGGAGGGCUGAGAACGAGCUCAACAUCUUUGGGGCCUUCUGCACCUCAGAGGUGGAACGGCAGCAAAGUGCUGCCACCGGAGCCCUGGCCAUUCUUGCUGGUCAUGAUGAGGUCGCUGUGCGUAUUGCCGACUGCCAGCAAUGUCUCCAGGGGUUGUUGCACGCGGUUCUUGAUUCCGACCUUCCGGCUGUGGAGAUCCGUGCGGUGUCUGCUAUAGUGAGCAUCCGGCGGGCUGAGGGCAUCAGUGCAGAAACUAGGCGUGCCAUCUUCUCCGUCCUUCAGGAACGGCUGAGCCGUGGCGGAUUUGAAUCACUUGACGCCCAAGAGUUGGCUGAAGAGGAAAUCAGGGAGGGCAGCUGA